CUGAUCAGAUGAUGAGAACAUAUCAUUCGGAUAAGUCUGUUUAACAAGGCCUUGGAACUUUUUAUUUAUUUUUCUAGAAUAUUUUUGAGAGAAGACUGAAAUGCUGGAAACAUUUGACAUCAUCCAGAUUUCUAUUUGACUGUGCUGCAAAUGAAAAACAGAGCCUUGAAGUCUAGCCUUACCUGGAAGAACUUGGAUUCUGGUUUGGAGGUGUUUUUGGGCUGUUUUUUUUGGUUCCUGGUUUGCACUGAGUUUAAGGAUUCGGGACGUGGUUAAAACUGCUUCAAAAAACUUGUUUCAGGUCUUUAAAGCAGGAUGUCACAGGGUGAGGUGCAUCCUCUGUCUUACAGGCAGACACAGAGCAUCGAGCUGAACACAGGCGUCGGUUUGGACCAAGAACAAGAGCAGCAUUACUCUGAAUCUUAUUCCCAGCCUGAAUUCAACCAGUGGACCUUUGAGCCAGGGAGCAGACCCCCGGCGCAGGCCAUCGAGUUUCGCAUAAAGCAGCUUCACAACAGACGUGUCCUUCUGCUGAAGAUGCAGCGCCUCGGGAAGAAGGCAGGGGACAGUGGUGACGAGAGUACGGAGGAAAUGACCUGUGAGGACAGUGAUCGACUGUGUGAGCUGGAGGCCAUCCAGAGGGAACUGGAGGAACUGGUGGUUAAAAAGGAGGAGGUGGAGAAAAAGGGAAAACGCUCAAAGCUCAGAGCGAAUGAAGGUCAACAGGAUGCAGGUCCCGCUCUUUAUAAAACUGAGACACCCCGUGGGGGGAUCUACAUUCUGCCACCUCCCCAGCAGGAGGACAGGACAGCAGAGAAGAGAGUAAAAGCUAGGCCUGUGACUGAAACACCAACAGGCCCAGUUGUUCCAGUUGACAGUCUGGGUUGGACACCAAUGGUCACCAAGUGUCCAUUCUGUGAAGAGGUCGUCCUCACAGAAACCAGCAGCAAAGUGGGCGAGGCUGCGUGGAUGAUUUGCUGCCUGUGCACCUUGGCAGGGUGUGUUGCAGGCUGCUGUUUAAUCCCUUUCUUUAUGAGGCGUACAAAGAACGUCCACCACCAGUGUCCCCGGUGCCAGGAAAACAUUCACAUCCAACAGCCGUUUUGACUUAAAGGCUGCUAUUUAAACAGCUACUGUGCUUUGUACAGUACGAUCCACGGCCUAUGUGCUUUAGUGACCAACUCCUGUGGUCAUGGAGCUGUCUGGGACUCAGUUGUUUGACUCCACAACUGAUCUCAGCAAUGUGCCUGGAGUCGACUACGCUGUCAGUGCAAAUGGCACAAAGGCUCAGAUAACUUGAGGAAAACCUACUGUUCUUAAUGCAUGUUUGACUUGCACACUGUGAAACUUUACCUACCAGAAUAUCUGCAUAACAUGGAUUUGAGCUGAGUUCGCAAAUGCAAACACUGCCAUUCAAAACACUCCUCACUUUAUUAAUAUCUCCAGUAGUCAAUGUUUCAGAUACAAAUUACUCCAAACUAAUCCCUCCAUUUAAAAUGAUCAAGUCCUGUUUAUUAUAACACAGUAUCAUGCUUUGUCAACAGUCUACUGAACUUUGUGUCUGGUUUCCUUGGUCAAGUAUAUUGAAAUAAAACUCUGGGAAUAUGUUAUCUGAGAGGAAAGUGGAAACAAAUCGCUGUUGAUAUGCAAACAUGGCCUAUAACGCAACAAAGAACUGUUUUGAUACACUGUAAGCUGCAACACACUUCAAAUGUAGUGCUUACUCAAUUCUUCUGUUUCUGUGCUCCUGCCAGUUGUUUCAUAUGUUGUUUGUGACAUUAUAUAAAACUCGAAUUACAGCCUCUCAGGUUUUAUGCCUCCGUGAACCAGUCAGGUGUGUGAAAACAUGAAUGCUUGGAUGUGGCAGCACAGAAGAUCUAUACGGUCAGCACAGUUUAAAGGUGGACACCCAAGAUUAGUUUCACCAAUUCAGUAUCUGACCAAAUGUCUCCCAUUCUUCGGAGACAUAUAAAAAUGUUUUUGCAAAACAUUGUGAUGUCACAGUGAAAUUGACCUUUUGGCUAUAAAAUGACAUCACUUCAUCAUUACAACCUGUUAGAUUUUUGUGUGACAUUUUGUCAUAAUUAGCAGAUGAGCUCUUGAGUUAUGGCCAAAAACAGUGAGGUCACAGUGACGUUUGACCACUAAAUUCAAAUCAGUUCAGUCUUGAAUCCAAGUGGACGUUUGUGUCUUAUUUGAGGAAAUUUCUUCAAGGCCUUCUUGAGAUAUCUUAUUCUCAAAAUAAGACAGACAUAAAGUCACAGUGACCUUUGAACACCAAAUUCUACUUAGUUAAUCCUGACUUAAAGUGGACGUUUGUGCCAUAUUUGAGGAAAUUUCUUCAAGUCCUUCUUGAGAAAUCGCAUUUACAAAACGAGACAGUGGCAAGGUCACAGUGACCUUCGAACACCAAAUGUUAAUGAAAUUAUCCUUCACUCUAAGCAAAUGUUUGUGCCAAAUUUGAAAAAAAAAAAAAAAAAAAAAAAAAAUCCCAUUCACAA